AUGAUAGCAGUGCCGGAGGGACUACGAGCUGACGGUGCCGCCGAUCCACCAGCUGUUGUCAUGUUUUGGAUCAAACAGGGAUAUGAAACGAACGAAGCGAAAGGAAUAGGAACCGGAACGAAGAUCAUUGAUGCUUCGCGAACUCCAUACAUCUGUGAAGAAGUUUCGUCGGAAGCCGGAAAUGCUGACCAGUUGGCAGGCCUUGGCAGAGGACAGAACACGACCCAUCGCCACGCGACUGGCUGCGGUCCCAACAACGAAGAUGCUACCAAGUCCACAACAGCUACUGAUUCCUCGAACAAGAUCACUGAUGGUAGCGCUUCUGCGUCGGUGGUGUACCACUCGCGUGGCGUCCAUGUGACGGAAAGCAAAGAAUCAACUAAGUUGUCCAUUGACCUUCCUGGAGUCAAAGCUAAUGAUGUGCAAGUUGUCCUUGAAAACGGGAAGCUCCGUGUGAAGGCGGAGCGCAAAGCUGGUAAACAAGUCACUUUUCAUCGCGAGCUUCCGAUCGACGAUUCCGUCAUUGAGUCAAGCAUGGCAAGCCUGGUCGAUGGGGUAUUGACCAUCUCCCUGACCAAAAAGCAAUCGCCCGAAUCAGUGUCGGUUGCCGUUGCAUCAGAAUAUCCUCCGGAAAGUAUAACCGAAGAAAAUGUUCACUUUAGUUUGGACCUGCCCGGGGUCAAGUCGUCGGACCUGAAGGUGACGCGUCUUAGCGGCAAUAUCGCAAUCGAAGGAGAGCGGAAAAAUGGCCAAUUUUCUUCUACGGUCAAGCGCAGCUAUGAAGUCGAUACCAAGACAGUUGAUGUUGACUCGAUUAGGGCAUUUUUGGCCGACGGCGUCUUGACCUUCGUUGCGCCUCGCAAGGAAGGGCCGCCCGCUUUAACAAUUCCAGUAUCGACGCUUAUUGAGAAUUCCACCAGCGAGCCUCCCAAGAAGCAGGCCAAGUUGGACAUUGAAUCAUCCGAAACGGCGCCAAAACAAUCCGUCAUUCCUGAAAUCGAAGAUGACAAGACAAAGCCGUCAUCGGGUAGCAAUGAAAAGGAAUGGGAGCAUGUUGUCGAGACAGUCCCUGACGAAGAAGUCAAAGCUUAGCAAUAGCCAGUAAAAGCAGAAAAUAUGUAGAUAAGAAAUUCAAAUACUGGUCGUA